AGCAAAAUGGAGGGACUCCACAAGAAGGGGGCAGGAUACACAGAUUUUGCCUAUCGAGAGGCAGUGUCUAAGCUAAGAUAUCUUCUGGCUGAGUCAUAUACUCCUUCCACAGGGUUCUCAAAAUACUCUUUGGGUCACUACCACCCGUUCCUGCCAGGAGAUGGGAGUAUAAUUCCGUCAACGCCACGACCUGCAAUCGUCCUCAAGAAACCCGAUGCAGAUUCCCAGCCUACUCCAGAGCUAAUGUCUUUUGUCCAGCGCCAAGAGGAGUAUAUAGAGCAAUUGGAGAAAGAAUCGCAAUAUUGUCGGGAAGAGCUAUCAAAUUUAAUGGGCAAAGUGAAGGAAGUAAUAACUGAAAACGAGGGUUUACAUGAGAAACGAAAGGCCGGAAUGUUGCAAUAUUUUUUGGACAGCUUUGAAGAUGACGACGAUGAUGAUGAUGAUGCUAGUUCAGAGGACAAGGUGGAAUCUCGAAGUAGAAAGAAGCCGUUGGUGGGACCAAGUAUUAUUUUUGAGUCUCGUAUUAGUGAGUUGGAGGCACAACUGACACAGACAAAGAUGGAUCUCAAGAAGGCGGUGGAAGAAGCAGAAACUCUACGGAAGAAGAUGUCAGAACAAGGACUUUCAUUGAUGUCCUAUCUUCCCCAAGCCCAGGCGUCUGAAUCAGAGCUGUAUAAACAGAUUGAAGCGUUGCAGAGGGAAAGGGAGGAGUUGAAUGAUAUGAUCAACAAACUUCACGGAACCGUGGCUCAACUACGAGAGAAGGAAGCAAACACUUCACAGAAGCUCAAGAGAAGUCUCGACGCUGUGGACCAAGCGCAGUUUGAGAAGAAUCAGUGUGAAAUGGAAAUGCGCCGGCUGAAAAAUGAAUUAGAACGAAUGAACGAGAAACAGCGAGAAAGUCUGGGAGAGCACAAUAGACGAUUGGCUGAGGUGGAAAGACGAUAUACGAACCAAACUGAACAGCUGAGCGCGGACUUGUCUGCCCAAUGGGAGAACUCUACAAAGUUGAGUCUUGACUUGGAGAAACAAAGAAGAACAGAGUCAGAACUUAGAAGAGAGCUUGUCCAACGGAACGCUACAAUUGAUGAACUCAAGAAAGAAUUGAAUACAAAGACCACUUGCAGAGUAAGAGUGUCGACUGUUUCACAAGGCGCACUGCAGAGUGAACUGCUGGCGUCGUCCGCGGACCGAGACAGCCUCGCGCAGGAGGCAGCUAGUCUGCGGCUGGCGGUGGAGAGGGCUGAGCGGACGUCACGACAAGAGACUGCGCGGCUGCAAGCGGAGGUCACCAGUCUACGGCAGCGACUGGACCGGGCGGACGCUGACUUGCUGCAUGCGCGAAAGGAAAACCUGCGGCUCACCGAGCAGAUCGCCUCUCUCGAGAAGGAGCUACACUUGACCAAACUCACUCAUGAUGGUGGAGAAAAUGAGAUAUUGAAGGAUUCUAAGAGAGAGAAAGAGCUAACAUCAAUGAUUCUUGACAUGGACGCCAAGCAUGUCCAAAAUAUCGCAGAGCUUGAGGGUAUGAUUCAGUCGCAGGCACAACUAGUGGACAAACUAAAGGACGAGUGUCAUUCCUUGACUGAGAAACUAGAGGACACAUCGAUGAGGCACAAAGAGACUCGCAACAGUUUGAGAGAGGAGAACGAGAAGCUACUAGGUCGUCUGGCGUCGGUGUGGGAGAGCUGUAAGGAGCUCCACCUGCUGUGUACACAGUACGGACUGGCUGUGCCGUCGCUGGGCUACGAGCCUGAACUGCAGAUGACGGAAUGGUGGGGGAAUAUGAACAGUCGCAGUAUGCCGAACAGCCCGCGGAGGGUUGAUGACUUCCCCCUCUCUCUGCAAGAUCUGUCCCUUCCAAAACUAUAUCUAUGAUACUCCCUCCUUACUGUAACUCAAUCGCUUUGUGUCCCCCACUCCCAACCCAGACACUAUAUCUAAAAUUUCCCUUCUUUAUUGUCCCUCACCCAAUAAGUUU